AGGUCGGAGGUGUCCCUCUGGCGGUGUCUCUCCAAAGCGGAGAGGUCCAUCGGGUGUGCUGGAUACUGCUCCGGGUUAUACUACGUAUCGUGCCGCGUUGGGGUUAACUGCGAUUCUGCCGUGCAUCGCCGCGUCGUCGAGGAAGGAGAGGAGUGAAAGGAGGAGGAGGAAGAUCUUAUAAUGCAUCAUUUCUGAAGAACACAGAGACGAGUAACAAUGAUUGGGAGUAGACUGCAAUUAUGAUAUAAUUUUAUGUACAUCGGGACUAAGAUCUGCCUUUUCCUCCAUUAUGCUGACUCUGAGAGUGUUUACUUCAAUUGAAAAUCGCUCAAUCUCAAUAGAUAUCAUAUCCAUCAAUCACGAACAAAUCAUUGAUAUAUUUUUUGCAAAGGCAUGAAAAUGAAAUGGUGAUAGAUUAGUGAUGUGCCUUUAUCUUUGGUAUUUCAAUUUUACUAUGACAGGAAUGUCUUGACAUUUUGAAGAAACGAGUGUAUGUGAUAAAUAUAAAUUUCUCGACGGUGCGACUAUACAUACCAAAAGAUGGAUAGCUCCGAGUACGAAAUGGUCAGAAACAUGACUCUCCUCUUCUUUUUUGAACGACUGAUGGAUAAGGGUGGUCCGCGUACGUUGCACGACUUGAGCUGUCAAUUCGGGGCUAAGGGGUUCACAAAGGAGAUGCGUCAGAUAGCAGGAGGAUCGCAAAGUGGCCUUAAGAAAUUUCUAGCGCAGUAUCCGGCGCUCUUUCUGAUCGACGGUGACUACGUAUCUGUUAACACGUUUCAACCGGUUGUGGAGGAGGAGAGCGGUAAUAAGUCAGGUAAACGUGACUACGCCCGCGAAGCCGUAGAAUAUUUCACGAACAAACUGUUGCAAUAUGGAGUGGGUACCGAGGUGCCCAUCAAAAGCCUCCUGGGUCAUCGAUCGCAGGCCUCGCCAGAAGUCAGGCACAUAUCUGGUCAGCAUUAUAAGGAAUUUCGUGAUUUUCUUUUGAAAUACCCUGACGCAUUUGUAGUCAGCGAGGAUAAUGUAAUAUUGAAACAGUACGAAGGUAUGAAGCCUGAACCCUUUCACGAACUAGAGCCAGAUAUCCCGAUAGAUCCCGAUGUCACGGCGAAAUUGUUAGACUUUUUCUGCGUGUGCAUCGAGCAGAAGGGUCCGAUUCUCAUAGAUCAGUUAUUCAAUAUGGUUGAUGAGAAAUUCUCUCACGAGAGCUGGACGAGUAUAUUCAAGACGCCGCAGGACCUGUCUACUUUUAUAAAAAUGUUCCCAGACGCUUUUCACGUGCAAACUAAUUUGGUGACAUUGAUAGGCCGACCGAAAUCCUCCGUGAUGGAACCCGCGACCGUAAAAACAAAAACUACGAGCGGCAAUCAACGUAAUCAAAGCAACAACGUGACUCACACGAACAGUACGGUACCGAUUGUUCCGCCGAGCAAGAUUCAACUCUCUCAACCGCCUUCGGAUCGAUUGGAAAAUGUUUGCAACAACGCCACAUCUCACUUUAGUUCGCCGCAAAACACGUGCACGUCGCCCGCUAUCGAAAGCAAUAAUAAUUCACCACCCGUGAGUUUGCAACAGCAAUCUCUGAAGCAGAGAUUCAAUACGAUCGUUAUGAGGACUUUGGCAGAUAAUACGGAACGAGACCGCAGUCUGCAAACAGCCCAGAUGGGUGAUGCGUGGAAAUUAAAGGUGCUACAACAGACCAGGGUAAUAGCGACCACGCGAGAAAGUCUUCAAGUUAUAGAAGAUAUAAUAAAUCCCCGAAAGCCAUCCCCCAAUGGCAAAGUGGUCGUUUCUUUCGAUUGCGAAGGUAUAAAUCUUGGUGUUAAGGGACAGCUGACUCUUGUACAAAUUGGUACAAUGAGCGGUCAAGCGUAUGUGUUCGAUUUAGUCACGUGCCCGAGUCUCAUUCAGGCUGGGGGUCUUCAGAAGCUGCUGGAACAUCCUCAUGUUAUUAAGGUGAUUCACGAUUGUAGAAAUGACAGUAUCAAUCUAUACAAUCAAUUUAAGAUUACAUUAACAAACGUUUUUGACACACAAGCUGCGCAUGCAGUGCUUCAGUUUCAAGAAACGGGAAAGCCUGUAUACAAAGUUAAAAAUGUUAAUCUGAACACUCUGUGCGAUCAUUAUAAUGCUCCAUGUAAUCCAUUGAAGGAACAAUUGAAAAACAUUUAUCGUAAGGAUCAACGUUAUUGGUCUCGGCGACCUUUGACUCGCGACAUGCUAAUUUACGCGAGCAGUGAUGUUUUAAGCCUUGUACCUCAAGUUUAUAAUGCUAUGUCUAGACUCAUAAAGCCGGAAGUACAAGGUCUUCUUACAGAGCUGUGUGACGAACAAGUUCAGAUGCAUAUAAGACCAUCGGAUGUAAAAGCGCGUAAGAAGCAGCGGAAGAUCGAGACCGAAGUAGCAGAUUUGAAAAAAAGAAUGGAAGAAGCAACAAGUAAAAAUAUUGUACUCAGUAAUCGUGAAAUUCGGCUUCUUCGUUAUUUGGAUCUUACAGAGGAUGAAAAGGAGAAGCUCAAAGGAAGUUAUAAAGUUGCUAGAAAAUUGGAAAAGCUAGAGAAUAUGGGCCAGGAUAAGAUCGAUAGUAGUGACGAUGACGAUGAGGAUAAAACGGACGAUCACGAGUAUCAGAGCUUGGAAAGCUACACGUCGGAAAAUUCUCACUCUGGUGGUAUAUUGUCACCACGAAACGCCGACACACCAAGUUUAACCGAGUCAAUGCAAAUGAUGGACGAAAUACUCUCGGACGGUCGGAUGGAUAAACUGGAGAAGAUAGAGAAACUAGAAGCCAUACUAUCAGCUGUUACUAGUUCCGCGACUGACCAGCUUUCCGGUAACAAUACGGAUGCGUCGCCUGUCAAGUGCGUCUGCAUGUGUCAAAACGACAAGAUCGACAGUCCGCGAAUGGAUCGCCAGGUUACUGGAACUAAUGUGGCUUGUCAAACGCUUAGCACAGGUGAUAUAGUAUUUACUAGAGUCUUUGUCAGCGAGGAGGAGAAAGAGAGAGUGAGAUUAUUGAAUUCGCCAAAAAAGUAGGUAUUACAGCUGCUGUGAAAGUAGUAGAAAAGUUGCCAUUUAUAGAUUUUUUUUAUAAACGGGACGCGUUUGCAUAAAAGAAUUAAGUAGUUAAAAUUUAUCUAUUUUAUGUAAUAUAUAUAUUACAAGAGCAGAACUUAUAGAGUAAAACUGACGAAACUCGCAGAAUAUCCUCUAGCGUGUCUGCUCCUUUGAAAAAAGUGUCUUAAAUGGAUAGGCCUUGUUAUACAUACCUUUCCAGAUCUGAUCGGUGUAAUGAUCAGAUUUUUGGAAAAAGGUUAUUAAUUUUAAUAUCAUGAUAUCGUUCAUUAUCUGCUUAAAGAUUAUCUUUCUUUUAUGAGCAUUCAAGAAAGAUCGAAUCGUUUCAAUGACGAAAGUAGAGUAACAAAAUAUAAACGCAAACAAGAUUUUAAUAGCCACAGAUUUUGUAAUUUUUAACAUACUACAAUUUGCGGCUUUUUAUGUUUAUAUAUCUUGAAACUUGCUAAAUUUUUAAAAAGUCUCUUUGAGGAAAAAAAAUGUAUGUACAAAAUAUUGACAGGAGAAUUAUACUGUUUAUAUAAGGGUAACGAUUGCUAAUGUUUUUAAUAUUGCGAAAUUAAUAGAAUGCAUAUCCCAUGCUUGCGAAAUACUUUUUAUGUGAAGUACUGCAUUAAAAUCGCUAAUUUUUUUAGUUCUGUACGGCCUAGUUUGCGUCACUUAUCACAAAGAAUGAAUUAUCGGCAGUAUGAGCACAAUGGUAACUGUCUAGCAAACAAACGCUUUCUUCUACGAGUUAUUGCUUAUGCACGCGAAAUAAACUUGUGCAGACUUCUUCCUUACAUCGAUUACAAAUAAUUUAUUUUCGUAUAUAGUUAUAAAAGUGCCAACUUAAUAUAAAAUAUAUAUUAUAAACGAAUUAAUACAUUUUAUAUUUUUAUUUAAUUACGUGCUUGGUGAAUAAUUAUGCUCACACUUCCAAUAAACGAUCAAUAAUCCAAUAGUAUUAAAUAAGAUAAACGUAUUAUAUUCGUGUCGCAUAGAUCUGCAUUUAUACUCUUCUAAUAACAUAUCAUUAAUAAGUAAACUGCCAGCGCGGGAGAAGUGACGAUUUCAAAAAGACCUAAAUAAAUCAUUGUCAUCGUAAAUUGUCAGUGUUUUUAGUGCAAUACUUUACACGGAUAGAAAAUAUGUAAGUUUAAUAUCGAUUGCGUAAUCUUUUUUUAACAUUAAAAACAUACUACGAAGGUAUAUAGCUGAAAGGCAAAUUAUGUAAGCGAAUCAUCGACACAUUCUCAUUUAAAUCGAGAGGCUCAACUAGUAUCAAAUUGUCCGACUCGUAUAUACUAAUCAUAAAGUAUGCUAAAAGCAAUUGUAAUAUAUCUGUUUUUUGAUCUAAUCAAAACACUGACUAUUCUAGCAAUAUUUUUUAUAAAAAUUCUUGAGAAUGUGAAACAAAGGUACAUCGAGUGUUCUCUAGUAUUUCGAUGUAGAUGUUUGAUUAUUAUAUUUCGUUACAUAAUUAAAAGGAAAACUAAGAAAAUAGGACUUAUGUACAUUCUCGUUGGAAGAAUGCGCAACUGUGUUGUUAUUAAAAAGUACAAUUUAGUUCGUCGCAGACAUACAUUUCCGACAACUGUUUGCGUGUGUUUAUAUCAGGAUAAUUUUGCACGCAUUUAUUCGAUAUAAUAAUAUACAAAUUUUAUCUGUGAAAAUACUCAAGCUCUAUAUAUAAAUAUUUAAGACAAAAAUUUAACAAGAACAAAUUUGCAGGAAUGUAAAACAGUCGUACAUUCUUAGACUUGGGUUUAAUUUUAAUUAUGUUAUGAUCUUUUCUUUUUAAUUCUAUAAUAAAUAUAAUAUAAAUUUUUAUAAAUAUAUAAUAUCAAAUUAUAUAUUUAUAAUUUUAACAGAUAUGUAAAUUUCUCUACAUAUUCAUGAUCAUUCAUAUUUUUAUCUCUUGCACUCAUAAUUAAUUUUCAGAUAAUUACGGGAUUAUUGCAAAUUUUAACUACAUUGACUUAAAUUAUUCAUGAUUUGUUAAUUGUGGAUUCAAUAAACAUGAAAAUUAAAAUUACAUAUACUUUUACCUUUAAUUAAUUAAUUACAAAUUACAAAAAAAAAUUACAAAAUUUAGUCAUGUUUAUAAAUAAGACAAGUGCUGUACAGAGGAAUUGUACAGUAUUUGCUUGAUGAUAUAGUUUGCAAAUUUAUUGAUUGAUUUGUUAAUUAGUCUACUCUGAUAUUCACAAAGAAAAGAUAAAGAACUUUUAAUGCUAUUCCUUAUUUUUUUGGUACAUUUUCUUUUCUAAGCAUUUGGAUGAUUCGACUUUAUUAGCGAUAUUUUAAGAAUGGAUUACUAAGAAGUAAUCAUUUGAAUUAUUUUAUAACGCAUUUAUAUUAAAUCGAAUAGUAAUUACACUAAAAAACAAAAUACAUCACAAAAAUAUUUCGUAUAUAUAAAUUUGUACGAAAGAAUGCUGAUCCAUAUUAUUAACAAUGACUAAUUCGUUGCAUAGAGAUGCAAAAUAAAAUCUAGAACGGAUAUACGUAAUAAAGAAUAUUACAAAAAA